AUGCGUCUCAAGCAUCUUCUUCUUGCAGGAGCCCUCCAGGCUACCUUCGGCUACGCCCUUCUGGCACCGCGGAUCUAUAGAGACCACCACGGCACACCCCAUGCGGUACAUAAUGGGACCACAUAUACCCUCUCCUCGGACGGUACUUCUCCAUCCGUCCUCAUUCUGGACUAUGGACGCGACGUGGAAGGAUAUGGGACAUUUCACGUAUCCCGGAGAUCGGGAAAUACUUCCGUGUUCGAGAUGAGCUACAGCGAGACCAAUGCCCUCUUGGACACGUACAUGGCGGACGGACCCCUGCCCCUGGCUGCAGCCAUGGACACUUAUCGCAUCAAUCGGUACAACAUCACGGAAGAGAAGACCUACGAGAACCGUCUGAUCCAGGGCGCCCUCCGGUACCAGAAGCUGAACCUGUCGAGUGCUGGGGAGUUGGAACUAUCCUUUGUGGGCUUCCGGCCAGCUGUGCAUGAGGUGCCCUUGUCGCAACUUCCAGGAUCCUUCAAUUGCUCGGACCCCAUGCUGAAUCGGAUCUGGGAGACGGGGGCGCGCACCGUGCAGCUGAACGAGUUUCCCGCGCGAUCUCUUCCGGAUUUCUGGGUGGUCACUGACGAGGGCGCUCUCGUGGAUAGCCUGGCGCCGCAGCCAUUCGCGGCCGACUUUGCCGCUGCCCUGACGGCGUACACGGUCGCCUUCUCUGUGAAGCCGGUAGUGCGUGGUUUUGGAGCCACAGUACUGAGUGACACGCUGGGGAACGGCGUCUACAUCUUUGUAGAUGUGGCCAACUCGUCCAUCUCGGCCCAUGCUGGAUCCACGGAGAUGGGAGGUCCCCCGCUGGCGUCGGCGGUCCUGCCUCCCACCGUCGCCCUCAACCAGUGGCACACGGUCGAGGCAACGGUGAAUGCGACGCGGAUCAACAUCCAGAUCGAUGGAACCCCCGUGCUGGACUUCUCCCAAACCGCCGCCUUUUACGGCUCCUUCGGACUGGGCGCCUCGUUCGGCCACACGGCCGUGUUCACAAAUGUCUCCUUGACCGCGUUCGGGACGCAGAUGUAUUCGUCGUCGCUGACAGACAGGUCAGCCCUGGAGGACUUCCUCCUCGGCACCAACCCGCUCCCCGUCAGCGUGGAUGGCUCGCGGCGCGAUCGCAUCGCCUACGCCGGAGACCUGGACAUCACCGCGCGCACCGCCUUUGCCAGCACGAACGGGUUGGAGUACAUCAACGGAUCCAUCGCGCUCCUCGGGUCCAUGCAGAUGUUGCCGGGCUUCUUCACACCGACCGCGAAGGUGCAACAAGCGCCGCGGACGGAACCGAUCCAGGCUAAUAUCACCGGCUUGAUCGGGUAUUCCUUCAGUCUGGCGAGUGCGAUGGCGCAGUACUACGAGCAGACGGGCGAUGCAUCAUUUCUCCGCAACUGGGCGCCGCGCGUCAGCCGGCUGUUCGACUGGGCGGACAGCCAGACGCUACCGAACGGGCUUCUCAAUAUCUCCGACGCCACCUUCGGCGGCGACUGGAACUACUACGACCCCCCGCUGAGCGGCGUCGUGUCCAAAUUCAACCUGAUCUACGCACACGCCUUGAAGCAGUGGCUCCCGUAUAUGGCGGACGGCCGGCUCAACGCUACCACGUACGCAAACCGCCUGCACUCCCUGCAACACGCAAUCUCCACGCAUCUCUGGAGCGACGAGCUCCAGGCCUUCUACCUCGCCGACGCCCACAGGGACUUUUUCUCCCAGGAAGCCAACGCCCUCGCCAUCCUCACCGACACAGUGCCUGUCGCCGGCAACCGGUCCGCGCGCACCGUCCUCUCCACCAUGGCCCGCGAUCUCUACGUCCCCGCCGGGGCGCUGGCGUUCUCGAACGCAAGCGCGGCGAGCGGCUGGGCGCAGAAGAUCAGCCCCUACGCCGCCGGGUACCAUCUGCAGGCGGCGUUCCAUGCCCACGACGCUGCGAACGCCGAGCGCCUCCUGCGCAGCGUCUGGGGGCCGAUGAGCGAUCCCUCGCACGCCAACUACACCGGCUGCACGUGGGAGACGUUGGACGCCGACGGGACGCCCGGCCUGGGAGCGUCCACCUCGCUGUGUCACGCGUGGGGGUCUGCGCCCACGGGGGCGCUGAGUCGCUACGUGCUGGGCGUGAGGGCCGUCACGCCGGGGUUCCAGGAGUGGACGGUCGCGCCGCAGACGUUGGGGCUGGAGUACGCACGUGGUAGAUAUCCUGUGCCAGGGGGUAGCAUUCAGGUGGAUUGGUCGUUUGGUCGUGACGGUAUGCUGAACAUGACUGUCAUCGCCCCUGCAGGCACGAAGGGGACAGUUGUCCCGCCUAGCCCGCUGAAGGUGCCUUUGUCGAAGUAUCGAGGGACGGGAUAUGUCGAGAAAGUCGACGGGGGAUUUGUCGUACAAGGAGGACAGGUGUUCACACUGCAGCAGAGCAGAUAA